AUGUGUGAUGGGCUGGAGUGUAAACUGGAGCUUAACUCUCCGGAUGCUAUUUAUUGUAUUAAAGCUGAGGAAGUUCCUGGUGAAGAACUUCAGCACAUAAAACCUGAGCAUGCUGCACACAUUGAGCAUUCAGAUUCUGGCACAACUUACAUAAAACCUGAGAUUGCUACGCAUAUUCAUCAAUCAAACUGGAAACAGGAUGGUGUAAAACUGGAGCUUAACUCUGAGGAUGCCAUUUAUUGUAUUAAAAGUGAGCCACUUCCUGGUGAAGAACUUCAGCACAUAAAACCUGAGAAUGCUGCACACAUUGAGCAUUCAGACUGUGGUCAUGAGAGUGCUGUGAAAGUGGAGUACCACUGUCAAGAUGUCACCUCUUUAAUUAAGACUGAGCAGGAUCCUGUGCAAUGUGCUAAGACAGAAGAGCAGCUUGUAUAUAAGCCAGAAGAACAAGAUCAUAGUUACAUACUGAAGACUGAGACAGGGUGGCCUGGUCAGCAUGCAAAGUGGCAGAAUGACAUUGAUGAGAAUUGUCAAGAAAUGAAUGCUGCUAGAUGCAUAACUCCUAAGGUGACAUAUAUAUUCACAGAAAGUCAACAGCAUCAGAUCCAUCCAACUGUUACUGAAGUCACCAUUGAUUCACAAAUAGAAAUCCAUAGUGAUGCUAAAUCAUAUCAGUGCCAAGUGUGCUUAUCUUCUUUCAGGUUUCCAACCCUACUCAAGAAACAUAUGGUGAUCCACUCUGAUUUUAAAGCUGACCAGCAUACUGCAUGUACAGCUGCAUUAGAAAGACUAGAUACUUUAAAACACAACCAGGUAACCAACAAUAAUAAGAUAUCUCAUCCAUCCACUUCUUUUAAAACUCCAUCAGAAAAAAAGCACAUGGUGACCCAAAAUGUUGAGAAAACUUACCAGUGUACUGUCUGUCAUAGAGCUUUUAAAAGAUUAGAUCAACUAAAACAGCACAAAGUGACCCACAGUAAUGCUAGACCUCACCAGUGCAGUGUAUGUAAUAGUGCUUUUAAGACUUCAAGUAAUUUAAAAAGACACAUGUUGACCCACAGAAAUGUUAGCCUUCACCAGUGCAGUAUGUGUAAUAGAGCUUUUAAGUGCUCAAGUGGUUUAGAAAAGCACAUGUUGAAGCACAUAAAUGUUAGACCUCACCAGUGCAGUAUAUGUAAUAGUGCUUUUAAGACUUCAACUUAUUUAAAAAGACACAUGUUGACCCACACUGGGAGACCUCACCAGUGCAGUAUGUGUAAUAGAGCUUUUAAGUGCUCAAGUGGUUUAGAAAAGCACAUGUUGAAGCACAGAAAUGUUAGACCUCACCAGUGCGGUAUAUGUAAUAGUGCUUUUAAGAAAUCAAGUCAUUUGAAAACACACAUGUUGACCCACACUGGGAGACCUCACCAGUGUAGUAUAUGUAAUAGUGCUUUUAAGACUUCAAGUCAGUUAAAAAGACACAUGUUGACCCACACCUGGAGACCUAUCCAGUGCAGUAUGUGUGAUAGAGCUUUUGAGCACUCAAGUGGUUUAGAAAGGCACAUGUUGAAGCACUUAAAUGUUAGACCUCACCAGUGCGGUAUAUGUAAUAGUGCUUUUAAGCACCCAUGUCGUUUAAAAAGACACAUGUUGACCCACAUUGCGAGACCUCACCGGUGCAGUAUGUGUAAUAGAGCUUUUGAGUGCUCAAGUGGUUUAGAAAGGCACAUGUUGAAGCACAGAAAUGUUAGUGCACCAGUGCAGUAUAUGCAAUAGUGCUUUCAAGUCAUUUGAAAACACACAUGUUGACCCACACUGAUGAGAGACCUCACCAGUGCAGUAUAUGUAAUAGUGCUUUUAAGUUUCCAUGUCAUUUAAAAAUACACAUGCUGAACCACACUGAUGAGAGAGACCUUACCAGUGCAGUAUAUGUAAUAGUGCUUUUAAGCUGUUAAGGGGUUUAGAAAAGCACAUGUUGACCCACAGAAAUGUUAGACCUUACCAGUGCUGUGUAUGUAGGAAAAUGUAUAGGGGGUCAUCUAAUUUACAAAGGCACAUGCUUACCCACAGUGAUGUGACCUCACCAGUGCCAUCUGUGUAGAGCUAGUUCCAAGAAGAGGGCACUAUUAAAUACAUGAUAAUUAACAGGGUUGUGAAAUCUCAUUAAUGCAGUAUAUGUGAACAACAACAUGGUAUGCUAUCGAUGAGAGAGCUUAUUUGUAACGUCAUGUUUUUUGUUUUUUUGUUUUUUGUUUUUUUUUUUACGUUCCCUGCCAAUUUAAAACAGUCCAGUGUUAUAUAAGGUUUUCUGUUAAUGACACAUACUGACAUCAACAUAUACUCCCUCUCUAACAGACAACUAUCUCG